UUCCCCCGAAAUCAUGCACCCAUUUUGCAGCGUACUCGGUUUACAGGCCCUUACCCGCAAUGCCCUGAGAAACCUGUGUGGUCCCAAGCGUCCGACAGCGAGCUGGAUGUCUCGAGCCUGUCUAGCUUGGAGCUGAGUGUCCUCCCCCCACCUCGGAUCUUCAGCCACGGUUCGUUUCGCGUGAGACUUCCUCCCAAGCAUCGCCGGCGUCGGAGAAUGAACCGCUUUAUAAGUCGUAGCGAUGAUCUGCUGGCGUUCUCUGCUGACGACGAUCUUGUUUCCUCGGAAGGCUCCCAACAGUGCAUCCCAGGCAGUUCCCCAUCACACUCCACUAGGAGUGUGGAGCGCUUCUUGGUCUUCAAAGAGAAAGCGGAGAUACUUGCACCCAAAGAAGAACAGCAUCCACCCCAUGCAGCGCCUCUACUGCAUGCCCAUCCACCCAAGGGCAUCCUCAAGCAGUCUCAUCAGUUAGGAGUAUACUCUUCUGACAGUCUGCGCAAGUCUAAGUCAGCAGAGAUGCUAGCCCAGGCCAGAAGUCGUGGACGCAGCAGGAAACCCAAAAGUAUGUCCUUGGAUAGGGAGAAGGGCGUUCGAGCCUCUCCCACAGGUCGCGCUACUUCCACGUCGUCUACAUCUCCCAGCUCCAUGCCACCGGAAUGGAAGAUGCAACUUCUUGAGGAAAAGAUUAAAUUUUCUAAAUUUCUGGAUGAAAUCACCUACCGGGUCUUGAGCCCGGCUAGUUUAAAGAUGCUCCGAGCUAACCUUCCAGAGCCUUCUUUAAAAGGGAGUCAAAUCAAGCAGCACAACAAUCCCCAACAACAUGAAUCCAAGGAGCGUCAUGACAAAAAGCAAGAGAGGAGCCGACUUUGGGAUGAUUGGGCCGCCCAGCAUAGAAGAGGCAGCAGGAAAUCAAGGGAGGCAAGACCCAAGACAUGGCACAUCUCAGAAGACAGUCCUGAGGGAGCAUCAGAAAAUCAACAGCUAGAUCCUCAUCGUGAAGGGGCUCGUUCCAAAACCGAAGGCCCAAUUUAUAGCCAGGUGGGGGGCAGCGAUGAUUCAGAAUGGGAUGAUAGGACUCCAAGGGGGGCUCAACACCAGCCUCAACCCUACCAGUUUCCCCAUAUAGAAAGCAGAGCCGUGCCAAAGGAAAAUACAGAUAAAUCAGGGAUGUCAAAAGCUGAGAUCCCCAUCAUUCGUGUGGAGGGUGAGAAAACACCUUUAUCACAAGUGACUGCUUUUUCUAUAUUAUCACAGAUCAAGGAGUCCUUAUCAGAUGCAGACAGGAUCAAGAUCCUGCAGCAGCAAAAUGAAGACCUCCGUCGCCGGCUCUCCCAGACCACUCAUAAGAUGGAGGCGAUGGAGACGGAGUUUGAAACCAGCCGACAUUACAUGCAGGCAGAGCUGGGUCAAACCAGAGAUGACCUGGAGAAAAUGAGAGACAAAUUCAGAAGACUUCAGAACAGCUACACGGCGUCUCAGAGAGCUAAUCAAGACCUGGAGGAGAAACUUCACGCCCUGCUCCGUAAAGUGGAAAGAGACAAGAAAACCAUGGAUCAAGAGAUAGUGGAGCUCACGAAUAAACUCGUGGACGCCAAAAACACUAUCGACAAGCUGGAGGAACUGAAUGAACGGUAUCGGCAAGAUUGCAAUCUGGCUGUGCAGCUGUUGAAGUGCAAUAAAUCGCAUUUCAGGAAUCACAAGUUUGCUGAUUUGCCAUAUGAGCUACAGGACAUGGUGAAUAAGCACAUGAAGAGUAGCUUGCCUAACAAGACUCAGGGCUCUCUGGGAGCUCAAGCCCAGGAUCCUGACACCCUAAGCCUGACUCCCGCAGAUGUAGUGCCCACUUCAGUGAUUGCUCGUGUUCUUGAGAAGCCGGAGCCCCUGGUGCUUAACUCAGCCCAGUCUAGCAGCAGCGCAGGUCGGCCAGUGGCUGAAGAUGUGUUCGUCCACGUGGACAUGACAGGACCCCAAGACGAUAGUGGAGGGCGUGAAAACGGGGGCCCUGUUCAUGCCAGGCCCCCAGCGGCUGCUGGUUCAGACCAGCAGCAUGUAAACGGCAUGUGUCGAAGCCAGGGCAGCCUGGAUGGUCCAACAGGAGAAGAUGGGGCGGCCGCUUCUUUUGAGAAGUUGAAUCCUUACCCGGCACCUCCACCACCAAACCCACUGUACCCUGGUCGCAAAGUGAUCGAGUUCUCCUCUGAUGACAAAGUCAAGAUUCCUAAGAACAGCCCGCUGCCCAAUUGCACCUACGCUACUCGUCAGGCCAUUUCUCUUAGCCUUGUGCAGAACGAAGAGGAGGCGGCCGAACGCCAGCGCACCGUGCCCAAUAGCCCUGCUGUGUCCGAUGGGGGUUGGCGGUCCGGGACCUCCUCGUCUUCUGGUGGAGGGCAUGCUUCUCACCAGCGCACACCUCCGCAGAUGGAUGCUACGGACACCCUCUCCAGUCAUUCGAGUCCCUUUAGCAGCCCCCCUCAGCCCCCGAGCGCCUUUGCGAGCUCUGGCAGCUCAGAGGAGGACUUACUGGCUAAUUGGCAGCGCAUGUUUGUAGAAAAAAUGGCACCGUCCUCAGAAGGCUCCCUUGUCAACCGCACGUCCUUCAGCAGCGAGACAGUGAAAGAUCUCCAAAGAAGUCACAACGGAAAAUCAGGAGUAGGGGCUCUGAGAGGUGCUUACUCUGAUGGCGAGGAGGGAUCCUCGGCCCAGAGCUGGACAGCAAGUAGAGAGUCCAGUUUGGAUACAGACACCAGCAGCAUGGCAGACCUCCGGGCAAAAAAGACUCAAUACGGAGGUGACUUCUCCCAGGAAGAGGGUGAACACCUACUUAUGGCCCUUGAUCCACUUGACAAUGAUGGUGCUAGUGGAGACACCAUGGUCACCAUUGAGAGCAGUCCGGCCUCUGCGAAGCGUCAAGAGUUUGCUGAAGAUGCUGGCUCCGCAGGAAGUUCAACUGAGGAGCGUGAUAUCCUGCCUCAGGACUUUCCUGUCAUCGGCUCAAGAGUCCUACCUGCGCUUGAGGAUUAUGCAGACAAGCCCCCUCGGACUGGCUCCUCGCGACCUCUGAAGAGCCCCAAAAGAAUGGGGGUUCAUCACUUGCACCGCAAAGACAGCCUUACCAGAGCUCAAGAGCAUGGAAACUUGCUGGACUGAGACUUCCAGGCCUAUCCUUCUCUUCUUUCUUUGACCUCGAGUGCUCUUCAUCUUACUAGCAAUCUCUAGGUAUAGCAGCGGAUACAACAAGCGGAAGGGAUCGGAUCAGCAUUGCUGUAGUUAUCCCUGAUCAUGCUGCUGUUGGUGAGGCAUCAUUGUAACUCUUCUGGAGCUGUUUUAUCUUUGGAACCUAUGGUAUUGAUGGGCAAGUACUUCGGUCAGUCCGGCUUUGAGUGCGCGGUGCAUCAGGGAUAGUAUAAGAAUGUCGUAGUCAGAAUUAAGGUGAUUUUCAAGUCCAAGACUUGGUUCUGUUUAAUGUGACAUGAUUGAGUGGGCAACAGCAGGACACAGCCAUACGACUACACUUCUGUAAGAGAAAGAGUUCAAGAUUGAGCAGCAUUAGAAAAGAUCCCUGCAGCACUGUACGGACUUGGAACAUCUCACGUAAUGGGUGUUUUGACAUUUGCUUUCUCCCUCGGGUGAGAGUUUUCUACCCAGAUAAUGAUAUCUAUCCAGUAUCCCAGUGCUUUGUUACGGGAGAUUGGGAUGGCACCAAAUGGCCACAGCUUCACAGAUACCACUGUGUCAGGCGUUCUGCUGGCUGAAGCAGAUUAAAUGUAAUCUAUGGGACUCUCUUGUCAAUUUUCAGUGCCUAACCCUUGCUCUGACAGAGGGGGCUCUCCAUCACCCUUUAAAAGAACAUCUUGUUCCUUUAGCCUGCUUUUAGUCAUCGUAAACUGAGAGGAUCCUUCACCUCCAAUUUUCAGUUACCUCUCUUCAUUGAUCUACCACUGUAUUUCAACACCCAAGCUAAAGACAGCUUUUGUACUUUAAUAAUUUGGUUUCGACGUAUUCGCUACAUGUUUAAAGGAUCAAGUAUACUUCCUGAUUUUCAUUCUCAUCUGUUUUGUUUGACUAAUGGUAUUUAAAACCGAUUAUGAUUUGAAGUAAAUAUAUAGAGUUUGUUUUGUGUAUUUAUUUGUCCUUUGCUGUUCUAAAGUGUCCACAUUACUUUCCUCAAUGCAGUUAAGCACUCGCAGAAAUGUUUAUAAGUGCACGGGUUACUGAAUCCUGUCAUGAAAUGUGGUGUACAAUCCCUUUUACACAUUAGUUGUUACGCUGUAAUACAAUAGAAAUCCAACCCAAACAGUGCUGUUUGGCAUUUUAAAUACGUAGUACAUUUUAUUUCCUCAAAGGUCAGUGUUUAAGAGUAAAAAAAAAAAAAAACUCAAGUAAGGCUGAAACGUUAAAAUAUGUCAUCGGUAUUUCAUGUCCUCCGAUUCAGAGAUGUAUUAAUGUGACCCCUUGCUGCUGACAGCACAAAUUGCCUUUCAGAGGACAAAUUAAUAUUUCAAAACUAUGCAUAUAGUACUGUGUAAAAACACCACAAAAAUCUAGCAAAGCUUUUGCUCUGUUAUGGUGGCAUAACUGACUUCUAACUUCUAAAAAAAAAAAGAGAGAGGAAAAAAAACAUGAGCUAAAAAGCAGAAAUUUCAGCCAGAAACAUGCCUUUGUUUGAGUGGCACUGACAAGAAAACAUUAUUGAGUUGAUUUGUGUUUGUUUGUUCUUUUUGAACCCUGAUUUCAAGAAAAGCCAUGUUUUGAUCUUAACGAAUGUAAUCACCUUAAUGUAGCAUCCGUUUUCAUUGGUUCUUCGUUAUUCUUCAGCUGAUGCUACUGCUGUAUGUAUUUUAAGGGGACUGUGCAUCCCACCAUCAUUUGGUGUGUUUUUCUGUGUGUUUUAGUGUGUAAAUCUGAUUUCUCAUGAUUAUGGACGAUCAACGAUCAAUCUGUCCGGCAGAUACUUUCUACAAGUUUAUUUUUGUUAGUUUUUUUCUUUUGUGAUUGUCCCGUCUCGCGUUUCAGUCGCUUCAUUUCAAGCCUUGCUCAAAUAGCGUUUUAACAUCUAUCAGUUUUUCUCAAACGAUGCGUUUCAGAUGCAGCGACUGCAGGCGUCCUCAUUCUUCUGUUUUGAUAAAUACAUUUUAGAGACGAUUAAACUCUGUGUUGCCUUUUUAAGUGCUUGCUUUGUGCUUUUUAUUUGUAAGUCGUCAUCCAGAUGUCCAGCCCUGGCUCAAGUACUUCAUGCUGUGUUGUACUGUGUAUUUUUUUGUUUUGUUUUUAGAAACUGGACACACCAAACCUCCAUCGUUACAGACUAAUGUUCCCUAAAGGUGACACUCAACGGUAUUCUUCAUGCAUAAGUGUACGUUGUGAACUUGCGAUUUUUAGGGUUUGUCUUUUAUUUCUGAACAUAUCAGUGAGUCAGAAGGUACAGCAGCUUGUAUUACAUUUUAAAGGUAUUCCUGGAAGGACAUCAGACUUUUGUAAAACGCUUGCUGUAUAUAUAUUCACCUCAUAGCUGGUCUGCCACAGCACUCCUUGCCCUGAAUAAUUCAGCUAUAUGUUCCUCAGUGAAGGGCUGAAUGUGCGAACGAAGGGCUCUCAAGUCCAACACUUACUCUUCUUGUCUUACUCUUUGGUCUUUGUAUGUAGUUAUCAGUCUUGCUCUGCAAUAUAUGGGAGUACCAUUAAUAGCCCAUGAUUAAUUGAAGUGUAACUACCCACCAUGCUGAAUAAUUAAUAUUUUAUCAUGUUCUAAAAUAGUUCUGUGAUGCUUUAAAGAGACCGAGUACAGCCCGUCAGGGUCUCGCAUGACAAAAUAGACUCUUUUAAAUAUUUCAGUCUCGUUAGAUGUCACACGGGCCGCAGGUCAUGCAAAUAAAUACAAAAAAGACACGACAAUGGUCAGGAUGUGCGAUACACUGAGUGCAUAAAUAGGCCUUUCUCCUCUGCUCUCAUUCAACUUUAAUAACUCGAAUUUAAUUGCACGCGUAAGAGACGUGCACGUCGUCUUUAAUCCAAGGUGACCCUCUGGCAUGCUGUGAGCAAGUCAUUCAAAAUCUUCGCUGAGAAAUCUAAAGAAAAAAAAAUGUCAAGGUUAUCCUCCAACCAACGCUCCAAUCCGCCUUCCACCCAAAGCUGACGUCUCUGUGAUGGAAAAAACAUAUUCAAUUCAUGUUAUCUUCUCUUUAACCUUCAAGACGGGGCGUAAUCUGCACUCCUUUUUCUUUGAUCUAUGAAUGUUUUUAUUCAUCAGUAGGCCAACUUUCAUGUAGCCAUCAACAAAAUGUAAAAUGUCAAGUCAAAUUAAAUCUAAAAUUAGCCUUUGUUAUUGACUAACGCCCUUGUAUUAAAAUGAAAACCGACCCCGUUUACUUUAAUACACAUUCCUGGUUUUACUGUCAUGGUAAUCUUUCAUCAAAAUGUAAUUAGCUCACUGCCCUUUUACAAUUUUUUAUUAUUUUUUUUCUGUAGGUUAAUGUUAUACAAGAGCCAUGGUUAAGCCCUGGUUAAGGCACCUAUUCAACAAAGUCACAUCCGGGUUUCACUUUUAGUAUGAAAUGACUUUUCUCGAACCGAAUCAAGUCCGGUUUCACUUGAAAAUGUCUUGGAAUUAAAAUGAGUUGUGCUUCAGUCCUUGAGCUUCUUUGACAAAUUUCUCAGUUGCAGUUUAUUCAAUUCAACCCGUUUUUGGAGUUCGCGUGUAAAACGCGAGAUGCUUCUGUCCUGAUGCUUUAACGUGGUGGAUUUUUUUGAUUGAGGGGUUUUCUGAAGGUGCAAAAACCAGAUUCGUGUUGAUGCUGGCUCGCACAAUCCCAUCUCAGAUGUGUGCAGUUUGUCUUCUGAAUUUGUCCAUAAUUCACCACAGGUUUCCGAUACAUACCUUGUCUUAUAUAUGUAGCAAAAUGGUGCUUUUUUUUGUCUUUUUGAUCCCCCUCCCCAUGCAGUGUAUUUUUCACCAGUUUGAAGACAUUUAUUUUGACUUUUACUUGAUCAGGUAAAGCUUCCAUGGUUGUGUAGAUGUUCCAUGCACAGAUUUUUUUCCCCUCCAACAAAAAAAAAAACAAACGUUCUUAUGACUGGACUAAUUUUAUUUUCUGAAUUUGUAAACUGAUGUAUAUUUUAAAAGAAAUAAAACUAUUUUAAACA